AUGCCAUCGUUCUUCACCUCAACAUCGCCCAAGAAGUCUUCCAAGCAAAGCACCGCCAUCUUCGCCGGCCUCGACGACCCCUUCAACUUCCCCUUGCACAAGAUGCGCUGCGCCUCUUCCUCUUCAUCUCGCUCUCACUCCCGAACCUCAUCACCGGACUCGGCGACCGAUUCCGGCUAUGGCAGUAUCGACAAUGACUGCCCCCUCAGCCCCAAGUCACACCUGCCCUCCACGAAUAGACGACGACUACAAAAGGACGGCAACGGCCACUGGCGUACGAACAGCUACGAACAUCAGAGCGAUUGCAACGACCACAAGGCCGCGAGACAGCCAAUUCUUCAGCAUGAGGAAAGGAGGGAAGCUGAUAGCGAGCACGAGUGGAAACCGAAUCUCAAGCACACAUUCACUCUGAUAUGCAACGACAAGCGCACCAAACCUAAGUGGUACACGAAGAGAGUUUAUGGGAGGAAGCUGAGGGAGAAGGAGAAGAACGAGGGCGUUACGGAUCUGCAGCGUGAGAUGGCCCCCGUGCUCGGGCGCCCCUCCCCGUCGCCAUCGCCAUUACUAGCUAAGGAAGCGAGACCGUCAGCGGGGGCGAGGAAGAAGAGUACGCUCCUCCACCCGUCCCCACCUCCUUCCACCUCGUUAUCGGGAAUGAAGACUACCGAUGGCGUUGCAGAGAUGGAAGGGAGUACGGUCGGGAUCCAUAGGACACAGGACCGGGGCCGAAGAAGGAAGCCGUCAACGCUUCUCCACCCUUCACCGCCCCGAUGGACAGCGGAGGAGAAGGAGGCGAAGCAAAGCUUGCGGAGCCCGCGCUACCGCUCUCCAACACCCCUUGGUAUACCAACUACAAGCGACCGCCAGCCUGCGCCGACGCUGACGCCGCUGCGCAUCCAUCUUAGGAGGCCCAGUGUGCUGCAUUCGUGUUUCUCAGACUCGGACUCUGCCUCGGACUCUGCCUCAGACUCUGCCUCCUCUCAUUCGGUGGAUGAAGAUGAUGGUGGCGACUCGUAUGACGGGUGGUGUCGGCGUGCGGCGGGAGACAGGAAUAGUAAGAAUGGGAUUGUACUUGCGAGGACGGGGGUGGUUGCGAGGGCGCAGCGGGUCAGGGUUAGGAGUCCUGGGCGGAAGAUGAGUGCGGAGGUGUAG